UUGAACAAUGUCGAGAUGAUACACUACAUUGACUGCGCAAAGAUAUACAACUGCCAGGGUAUUGCAUUUGAAACAAUUUUUGUUCAAAAUGAUUUAGAUGGAUCCUUAGAAAACUGUAUAGAAUCGGGCCGAGGGUGGGUCAGCAAAAACUGUGACAAAAUUCUGCUUAUUUUGGAUGGAUUAGAAAAGGUUACCCGAACUAAAAUAGAACGCAGGCAAUAUUCAAAAAUAGGACACUCAGUAAAGGCCACAUCUUACACGACGCUUCUGAAUAUACUUCAAGGCGAUAUUUAUAAAGGCAUGUGGGUGUUGGCAACGACAAGAUGGGAAGGCAUUUGGAAAAUCCCAACUCCCAUGAACGAAAGAAACUAUAAAACUGUUCAAAUAUCGGGAUAUUCAGAACGCGUUUCAUGGGAACUCACCAAAAAUAUUAUUCCAGACAAAAACGUGCUGAACUCGUUCGAAAAUCUUUGUCGAAAAUUCCCGCAAAUAAGCAUGCUUAGUAAAACCCCUAUGUUUCAUAAAUUUUUAAUGGAUAUAAGCGUUGACAAAGAACACGACUUACAUAGUUUGACAUCUGUUAUGGUAGGAGUUAGUGAACGAUUUCGAACCUCCAUUCAUCAUACUGGGCGCGACACAGACUCUUUUAAAUCUAUGGGAUCCUUUGCUUACGAUAGUCUAUUAAGAGGUAACGUUCCAAUGAAUCGUCAAAAGUGUGAGUUCACCUUUAACCCAAGAAACAUUCGAGAUCUCGUGAAUGCAAAGGCAGUAUUACAACCAUGUAUGCAACAUAUAACAAAAGAAGAGUUAUGCUAUUCUUUUCACACAUUUCACAAACCGAUUCAGGACUUUUUAGCUGCAAUAUUCGUGAUUGGUAUGCCCAGAGACAAAUUUGAGAAAAUUUUGGAACAAGAUUUCAGAAAAUCAGAAAUGUUUGGAGUGCGAAAUUUUGUUUGUGGAUUGAUUUUAGACGACCAGCAUAUCAAAGUAGUUUCGAAAAUGACACCAGACGCAAUUACACAAGACGACAUAAAAACUAAACGUAGUUUCGUUUUUGAAUCUCUGCUGAAGAAAUUGGGGAAAAAGAUUACAGAAAUGGAAAAAAUUAUCCUUCUUCAUGAGUGCGAUAGAAAAUGUAAACAAAAAUACGCGUCUCGAAUACAACAAGUAAAACUGGACAAAAGCGUGGAUUCCAGCAAUGGCAACAUUGUAUUAAGCCUAUUCGGCUCCAGCAAAAAUCUGACGUUACUUGAAUUCGGAGAACUUGAAGUCGAUUCUUUUUCAUUGCCGAUGUUGCGUGAGUUCCCAAUGAUCAAGGUAAAACGUAUUAAUGUUGUCGAAGAAAUUGACAACCACACUUUUGCUGACUUUUGGAAACUCUGUGUAGAUGCAGAUGUAUCGUCCGUGAAAUAUGACUCUUGGAAUGCACAAAUAUGCGGUCAGGGAAUGUCAGCAAACAUAAUUAUCAAGAUGCACAGAAGCCCAACAUAUGUCGAAAAUUUUUGCACUAUUCUGAACUUUGGGAGAACCGAAGAAUUACACAUUGAAUGUGAAUUGUCUGAAGAUUUUAUAACACUGUUCAGCCGCAAGACAAACAAGCGUAUGAGCAAGGUGAAAUCAAUAAUAAUUGGUCGAAAAGCAGUUCGUCGCAUGGAAUAUGUCGCUGCCUUGCUCGAAAAAACCAGUGUUGAAAAGCUGUCGAUAAAUAAUAGCGAAAUUAAUCUUCGCACUCUCAGUGUUUCUCGAGAUGAUAGUCAGCCAGUUACUGCUGAAGAGUUUGAAGGAAUAGCACACCUUUCAAUAAAGAAAAAAAAUUCAUCCAUAAAUCUUAGACACGCUGCAACAUUGGAUUCAGCACUGAGUGAGAUGACGAAAGCAAAAUUACCGGUGGCAUCCAUCAAAAUAUUAUGCCACAAUGAUUCAGUAUAUCUGGGGAAACAAUCAUGUCAAAUCUAUUUGACCAACGAAAAUUCCGACGAAAAAGAAAAGUCGAUGGAAGUUGAAAUUGUGGCCAAUCAUAAUGCCGGAUACCAAACGUGCGCAUUUCUCCGUAAAUUUCUCGAAAAGCAAGGUUGCACGAAAGCGACAUUCAAUGGAGUUGAAAUCGUCGUCGAAUUUAAUGAUAAUAAAGAGGUUGAAUCUAUCUAUUUGCCAUGGGAAGAGCCUGUAUGUGUGACUUCGGAGACUCCUUACCUAUUUGGUGUUGAAGAUGUUAAAGAUGAUUCGCCAUAUGUAAAUUAUCGUGGUGUCGAGAGUAACACAGACGGUUAUGAAUCUCUUUUAUAUAAGAAAGAAACCACUUUCUGUGCUGAAAUCGUAACGGGAAUCAAAGCACCAAACGUAUGGCUUGGAAAACACCAUCUUUCUCUGAAAUAUCAUCCUGAAGAGGUUCUGGAACUCAAUGUUGCACAUAUUGACAAAUCAAUUGGGGAAAAAUUGUCCUUGGUUUGGCGUAGCAUGAGCACUCCAAAUCUGAAGUUAAACGCUAAUGGAUUGCUUGUGAAUUUAACGCUUCAAUCAAACUCGAGUGGACAAAGAAAAAAUGCUUUGGCCAGGCAGCAGGACAUUCCGUUCGCUACACAUAUCCCACUGAUACAAAAUGCGACUAUUCAGAGUUUUUCGAGUGAAUACCUAAACGCUCUACAAGACCUCCUAAAAAAAGUCCCCAGCAUAGCAGGAAGCGAGAUUAGAAUAAUGUAUUGCAUUAUUGAUAGCAACUGUGAAUUGGAAAUCGAAAAAAUAUUAGAAACCAUACAAAGGUUAUUAGACCAACACAACAUACGAGUCGACAAUUUGUCUUUAAACAGGAGUGGAUGUGAUGUUGCCAAGCUUGUCUGUGAAAUCGUCGACGAGUUUCAUAUUGGCAAAGUUCAAAUCUGUGGCAUGGAUCUCCUGCAAAUCGAACACAAUAACAAAAUGUGCUUUAAAGUCAACGUUGGAGAAUCUCCAAAUAUCGCAGAUCUAGCAGGCCUUGCUUUGAGUGUAUCUUUAAUCACAUACAGGGAUAUAACUAUUGAAUUGUUUUAUCACAAUGCUUGCAAAAUUAUGAGGAUUGACAAUGCAAACUUUAGCGAAGAUGAACUCGCCACGACUGAUAUCUUCACAUUGUUUACAAUGGCAGAAUUCUACGAGUUGCGUGUUCCACAAUGUAUUCUUAGUGCCAUAUAUCAAAAUAGCAGUGUAAAGGAAUUUGUUCUGAAAACAGAUGACAAAAUGAGCAACCAAUUUCUUUUACGGUGUUUAUUGGAUUCAGAAGUUCACAAGUUAACAAUCAACGGUCUUAGUUUUAGUAUGAACAAAAAUUCACAAAAAAUGGUCGUGGAAUUAACUAUGCAGGAAGUAUCGGAUACAUCAAUUGGAAUACUCAAGCAGUUGAUGGGAAUCUUUAAAGACAUGAAUAAAAAAGUAUUCAAAGUCAGUAUCCAGAAUUGUGUCAUAAGAGAUUAUAUCGACGAGUUGGAAGAAUUAGCAAAUGAAAUACAUGUUCACAUUAAUCAGCUUAGCGUUGGAGGAUCGCAGACGGAAUCUUACAACAAAGUUUUGAGUUUAAUGAAAGUGGCUGAUGUCGAGAAAUCAACAUCAGUUGCCUCUUUUGCAAAUGACUGCGUAACUACAAUACAUAAAGAUUACCAGACCACUGUGAGCAAAAUUAGUGUUCGAAGGCUGAUUGCAUUUUUAGAAAAGCUCGGAAGUUACAUUGAACAACCGCCAGUGAUUGUGAUAGAAACAUUGAUAGAGACAAAUAACGAAAGACUAUUGAAUGAGUUCGAAAAUUUACUUCACAAUCUGCGUUCACGGCAGAUACUAAUCGAGAUUCAAGUGAUCGUCGCUGGAACAGAAUUGUGGAACAUACAACAAUCUAUUUUGAAUAUUUUGAAAAUUACAAAAGUUUUUCACGUACAGACAUCAGAUAUUAACUUCGACAUAAUUUACGAUAAUGCAAUGAAUAUCACUAGCUUUGAUGCGGAUAAACUAAGGAUUUGUGAAGUCGACGCUUUAAUGAAAACGGCUGAAUCAGCAUCCGUUGGAAAAUGUUCUGCUCGACAAUGCCUGGUACUUGGCGCGGAUGAAAACGAUAUUGUCAACCAUAUGAUCUUUCUGGAAGAACUAUUCUGCAAUCCAACAAUUUCUUUCACGGUAAAUCAACUAAAAGUUGAUACAGAUUUUUUGGCGAUUGCUAAACACGUUGUAAGAAUGAUGGAAAAUCACCAAGUUAGCAAAAUAGAGUCGGAAGAUCUUGUUAUGGAAGCAGUUCCGUGCGACGAGAAUCUGUAUUUUGAUAUUUCAACAAUUUUUGUGCGACAUGUUGAUGAAAUUGUGAGCUUCAUGUGCAAUAAAAAUCUAACACGAUUGUCAAUUCAAACUUGUGAAGUUGGUCUGAAAGAUCAAAAGAAAAUACAAGAUGCCAUCCACCAUAUUGGACACCUACGUGAUAAACAAAGCAAAGUACUUCAGGAUGCAUUGAAUGAUUCAGCGCUGAAGGAGAUAUCUGAUGAUAUAGCGUUACUGGAAGACUUGUCCAAUGAAAACUUUUCUCAUGUAGAAAUUGGGCUGUUGAAUAUCAAUUAUUCUCUGACAAGCUAUUUAUGGAUUUUGGACCUCAUAGAGAAAAUGAAAAUAAACGAUAUUUCAUCUCACAACCAGAAAUUUCAAAUAAAAUGUGGAAAUCAUGAUGAGAAAAAGAGACUUGAAAUACAUUAUUCCAACGAUCUGAAAUCUCUUCUGGAUCUGGCAACACACAAGGACAUAGCCUGCGUUAGUAUGAGAGAAUGCGUCAUAGAGCAGACCGAGAAAUGCGAGAUUGAGCACAGUCUUCAAAUGUUAUGUGACAUAUCAAAACGAAAUGACGAGUUCCAUGUUGAUUGUUUGACUUUUCAUUGUUCAUUUUCAUUGGCUUCCACGUGGGUACUGCAGAAUAUAGACAUCUUGACAAAAGUUUGCACAGAGGAUAUUGAUUUUUCUUUUCAACGAAAUGCUGAAAAAGAGAUUGUUGGGUUGUAUGUAAAAAAGAUCGACGAAUAUUCCAUAAAACAUGUUGGACGAAUAAUUCAUCAACUCAAGUUGCCAUACUUGCAAGAAGACGAUAUAUUUUUGAAGAUUGAAUACGAAACUUCAUUCAUGAUCACAAUUAUUUAUUUGAGGGAAGACAUUGAGAGCUCCCAAGAGAAUUUUUUAUUCUGGUUGCUAGACAACCUCACACGAUGUGGCGAACUAAAUCGUUGCUUACUUACCUUGAAUGGCUGUUCAGUGGAAUAUAAAUUAACUUCUCAGGGGGCGAUGGUUACUUAUGCGAAGCUAUCUUCAGAAGAAGAUUUAUUCUUGAACAUUAAUUGCAAACUUCCAAAAACUUCUUCAGUAAAACUCAUUGCCAACGAAAUUCAAUGUGAUAAUUUUGAAGAAUUAAUAAAAUUGGAAACAAAAGAAUUCGGACAGAUUGAUCAUAUUCGGAUAAUCGAUUUUGAGGCAACAAGUAAACAUAUGGAAAAAUUGAGAAAUUUCAUCAAUGCUAAAGACACAAAGCUUGUACAAAUACUGAACUACCACGAUUCAGCCAGCCAACUUCAACAGUAUUGUAAUACUCCCUCCUACUAUAAAGGAAUAAAGAUUGAUGUUCUUCAUAUAGAUUGUGGAAUGUCUGAACCAAACAUAAGAUUCUCAAGCAUUAUAGACACAAUACAUCCGAAUUCGAUACAAUAUACGGAUUAUUUUGCCAUGAAGCAAACUUUUGAUUUGGAGUAUAAUGAAGACAAUCAGGUGGAAACCUGGCGGACAACUACUAUCAAGAACAAUGUCGUUGGUCAUAUUUUGAACUUGAAUGCGCGACGCGUUGUUGUGGACAAAUUAGUUAUAAAAAGCCCUGCAGAGUUGAAAGAAAUUGAAAAGAUUAUCCAAGAUUUUGGAAAAGACAAAAUCGAGAUUUCCUGUUUAAAGCUUGAGUAUGGCAGUACAGAAAUAGAAGAUCGGAUUGAAUCUAUUACCAAUAAAGUACGAGUUGUGAAAUUGGAGACAAGAUCAGAAGUUUUUGAAAUGAUCUACGAUUCUUACAAUAAGGUUACCCAUCGUAUUUUGAAUAAUGUUGAUUUAGGCGACGACAUCACCAGGAUUUUGAAAUAUAAGGUUGAUCAUAUCCGAGUACACACAGCUUUGUCGAAGGAGCUACUUACUUUUAUCUGCCAGUCUCGAGCAACUUCCGUCACAUCGUCAGAUACUGAAUUAUCUGUCCAAUAUAAUAAAUUUAGCAAGAUUGAAGUGCUUAAAUUAAGAAGAGUUACGCUCCAGAAUCUCCUCAAGUUCAUGGAAUAUUUUGGGGAAAUACCCAUUGUGAAAGUAAAUACAUGCUUAUUGGAAGAUUUUAAAGAUACGAACAAGAGUGAAGAUUUGAUUGAACUUGUUGCCAGCAACUUCUGUUUAGAGUUGCAAAAGAUUAUAAUAGAAAAUGUCAGCUCCGGAGAUCUAUGUUGUCUUGAAACGUUGAUGAAGAUUAGACGGCGUGUCGUAAUUAAAUAUUUGGAUAUGGAAAAUGACGAAGAUCAAAAUUUGGAGGACAUAUACAUUUAUCUGAAACGAAAAAAUGUUGAGGUAAAACACAUUCGCAUUCACGAGGAGGGCUGGGAACGCCUCGAUGUUCUAAUGCAAAUGUCGAACGACAUUCAUCUUCGGCACGUGACUGCACGCACGCUGACAAUGGAAAUAUUGAAAAACAAUGACAAUGAAAUAUCUUGGAAAAUCUCUGGCGACCACACCGACGUUUUCGAAAAUAUGGAACAGAUGUUUAAACGAUUCGACCUAAAACAGAUUCAAGGCAAUGAAUAUACAAUCCAGCUGAAUAGUCACGACAACGGGAUUAAAACAAUGAACGUGAUUUGCGAAGGGAAUUUUGAAAAACUAUCUGCAAACUUAUUACAAAGUCUUGCACAGCGAAUCAAUGUUAAGUACCUGGUCGUGAAAUAUUCCGAUACAGGUACGAAAUGCUACAGCAUAGAUGAUGUAAAAGAAGAAGAAGGAUAUUGUUCGUUGAAUCUUUACAAAUCAACUAUUGAUUACCCUGAGAAUUGUGAAGUGGAUUAUUCGACUGAAGUGCAUGAAUUUGCUCCGCCGGUUCCGUUACAAUUAUUUUCUCUUGCUACCGAUCUCGAACAUCCUUAUGAGGUCAAUCAUCAUCAAUCAUUGCCAGCUCCUGAAGAUAGGGAACUGUAUGACGACGUUUGUGACCCUGUGGAACCUCUUUAUGAGGAGGUAGUUUUUUUUGAUGCUGCAGGGUUGUAAUUUUCAUUUUUAUAUUAUGCAAAUAAGUCGUCAAAAAUAUCAUGUGAUUCCAUGUGAUAUAAACAUUCACUGUGGAAAUAAAAAAACCGUCAAAUGUUAUUCUGAUGAUGAUAAAAACUAAUUGAAAUCAAUUUUAAAAAUCGGAGUUUUGCGGAAAAAACAAUGCAUAAUACACAUUUUUCUUUGGUAGUGAUAGCAUCAUUAAAAAAAGCAGGCAUGAAACCUAGGGUCUGAAAAUUCAUAGGGACCUCGGUGUUCAAUUGAGAACUAUCAGUUAUUUUCAUGUUAGAAUUAAACUGGUAAUAACUUGUUUUUUAGUUUAAUUUAUUUUAUUCUUUAAUCAGGUUGAUUGUU